AUUUUUUUUUUUCUUAUAAAUAAGGAUCUCCUCCGCUGCUGUCUUUGCCCGCUCCGAUACCCAGAAGAAGAAGAUUAAGAAAAAGGAAGUUUUAGUGAAGAAUGGGCCGUGGUGUCAGUAGCGGCGGGGGACAGAGUUCUUUAGGCUAUUUGUUUGGAAGUGGUGAAACUCCUAAUAAGGCCAAAGUUGCCCAAAACCAGGGGCCCAUUGCAAACAAUGAACCUCCUCAGAGGCCCCCUGCUCCAUCACAGCCAGUGGAUAACAGUAAGCUGAUUCCAGCAGGCAUUAACAGCAAUGUUUCAAACAAUUAUUUCCGGGCUGAUGGGCAGAACUGUGGCAACUUUAUCACGGACCGGCCAUCCACCAAGGUCCAUGCUGCUCCUGGUGGUGGAUCUUCCCUGGACUACCUCUUUGGCGGCGGUGGCAGCGGCGGUAGCAAAUAAUGUGUUCGGGUCUGGAGACUGUUUGGGUUGUUUGCUGUUGUGAAUUGGUAAAAAUCAAUAUCAUAAUCUCAAAAACUGUGAGAUUCAUUUGUUGCACAAUGUGAUAUAUUGUUGUGACUGGAUUCAGUUAGCCUGGGAAUGCAAAGUUCUUGAUGCAUCAGUUUAAUUUGUGUGA